UAACAAUAAUUAGAUUAUCCAUUGCCUAGGCGACUAUUCUACUUUUUAGGCAUGUAAACCUAAAUGCUUGGUUGUAUUUUCUGUAUAGGAGCGCAUUGCCUGUGUCCCCUGGAGAGGGUAAACGGGUUCGAAGGAGCCAUUGUGUGUGACGUAACUAGCUAGCUAACAACCUGGCAGUUCGACUCCGGCGGCGGACUGUAAAGUGCGAUAAUGACCGACAGUGACCUCGACCAAACCGUGUUUUAGCGGAUAGGUCUUCACACUUUUUAAAUCAACAGAAUAAAAGUUAUCGGUACCAAGAGCGGAUAAAUAUUUUCUACCAUUUAAGAGCAAUUUCAUAUGAAACACAUUUUUUUGUAUUGAGCGUGCGCGCAGGGUUGCAUUUUAUUGCAUGAGCUAAUGUCAGCUAUAGUGAUAGCAGCUCGUUUCCUUUAGCUUGGUACCAUCUUAUAUCAUAUGUAGCUAGUUAGCUGCAACAAUGGAUAAAGGCAAAUCAAUUAUCGACAAAAAAGGUUCGGGAUCGUGUUAUGCCAAUGGACUGCAAAGAGGGUUUCAUUCUCAGGCUAGCAACGGUGGAUGCAAUGCAUUCAAUUCAAGUGGAAACUGUAGUGGCGGUACUAGCAACGUUGAACACUUCCAUUAUCUGCAUACCGAUGACGUCGAAGCCAAUGGGUCCUCCCCUGCGAAAAGAUGCAGGUUACGAAGAAGAGUUGAAUCACUGAAGAGGAACAGACCACCCUUCCCCUGGUUCGGGAUGGACAUCGGCGGUACUCUGGUGAAGCUGGUCUACUUCGAGCCUAAGGACAUCACGGCGGAGGAGGAACAGGAAGAGGUGGAAAACCUGAAGAGCAUCCGCCGCUACCUGACCUCCAACACGGCGUACGGGAAGACGGGCGUCCGAGACGUCCACCUGGAACUGAAGAACCUGACCAUGUGCGGCCGGACGGGCAACCUGCAUUUCAUCCGCUUCCCCACGCAGGCCAUGCACCGCUUCAUCCAGAUGGGCAGCGACAAGAACUUCUCCAGCCUCCACACCACGCUCUGCGCCACGGGCGGAGGGGCCUACAAGUUCGAGAAUGACUUCAGAACGAUGGCUGAUUUAGAGCUGUUGAAGCUGGACGAGCUUGAUUGUCUGAUUCACGGCCUGCUCUAUGUGGACUCCGUGAGCUUCAACGGCCACCCUCAGUGUUACUACCUGGAGAACCCGUCAGACACCCAGAACAGCGUGAAGACACCGUGCAGUCUGGCCGACCCGUUCCCUAUGCUGCUUGUCAACAUUGGAUCUGGGGUUAGCAUCCUGGCUGUGUACUCCAAAGACGACUACAAACGGGUCACCGGUACCAGUCUUGGUGGGGGUACGUUCCUGGGCCUGUGCUGCUUGCUGACGGGGUGUGAGACGUUUGAAGAGGCGCUGGAUAUGGCUAGCAGAGGGGACAGCAGCAAUGUGGACAAGCUGGUGAAGGAUAUCUACGGAGGAGACUACGAGCGUUUCAGCCUCCAAGGAUCUGCUGUGGCCUCCAGAAAUGCAGGGGUAUUUUCUAAUGAAGCACUGACACCGAAGAGCUCUGAGGAAGAAAGCUUUGGCCACAUGAUGAGCAAAGAGAAACGAGACUCCAUUAGCAAAGAGGACCUGGCCCGGGCUAUGCUGGUUACCAUCACCAAUAACAUAGGCUCCAUCGCACGCAUGUGUGCCGUCAACGAGAAAAUCGAGAGAGUUGUGUUUGUUGGGAAUUUCUUACGGAUCAACACCGUGUCUACUAAGCUGCUGGCCUACGCCAUGGACUUCUGGUCCAAGGGACAACUGAAGGCUCUGUUCCUAGAACACGAGGGCUAUUUUGGAGCGGUUGGGGCAUUACUGGAGCUGUUAAAGUCGUCCGAGGAGCCAUGAAGACAUGCCCAUGUCGUCUGUAUAGAAGCUGCUGAAAGGUUUUCACGGAAGCAACCACAAGAAACUAGGAAAAACUGGGAACAGCCAUUUAAUAAUUGAACUGUAAAUAUCCUUUCACUACCUCCCCUAAAAUCCCCUCAAAUCGAGGUUUUAAUAUAGCUAAUGUAAUGUCCCAUGUCAUGAACCCUGGGUGGCAGGUAAAUGCUAAGGAUCACAGAAACGGUGUUCGUUUUUGGCACUGUGUGUAAAUACCUAUUUGUGUAGUAGUUCUAGGGUGCACUAAAGCCAAAACCUGCUGAGAUUGGACUUGUGUUGACAGUCCAGUUAUGUCUGAGGUAUAGAGGAAAAUUGGCGUAUGUGGGGGGGGGGACCAAGAUGCUGUUUCAUCGUCAUGGACUGGCCCUUUAAUUCAGUGUGUCACACCAAGGGUCCACUCUCCGUUCACCUGUGGCACACCCAUCAUCAUAGCUUUAUUAUCAGAGCAUGGUUAACAGCGAUGGGGAUGUUUAAAAAAAAUAAUAAUAAUAACAUUGGUUCAGCAACCUCCUCAAACUCUCUUUUUAGUGAUGGAGUUCGGUGAUCUGCUAGUAUGUCAGUCACUUUUGAAAGAUGUGCCAUGAUCUUGGUACGUUGGUGGUUUUUCGAAGAUGCUGCACUACAGAGAUGAAUUAUGAGUCUGCCUUUCCUCACUAAGAAAGUGCCUCAUCCUCUCCUAUACCUGGCCCAUGCCUAUACCUGGCCCAUGAUGACACCCACUCUACAGACAGUCUGUAGAAUUGCCUUGUGUUUGAAUUGCCUAGUAAGGACUUUUUGGUGUUUGUAUCUAUUGUAGUUGUAAGAAAGGUACAUAACUACUGCCAGCAGUUAGUCUAUAUAGGGAUUUAAGAGAUUUGUCUUCCUGUGUCUGUGGGAGUUCCUCACCCAGUGCAAAGGCUCCAUUACCUGCAGUUUGGACGGGAAGUCUCUCAUUUGACCCCCAAAGUAAUUCUCAUAGCUGCUAUUAGUUUUCUUGUUCUAGUCAUCAGUUAAAACUAUUCAAUGUGCGUGUAACUAAAAGAUUGAAGGACCACCACAAGACAUGUAUUAUCGGUUGGUCUAGGUAUUUCAAACGGCAGCAUUAACAGUGUUGGCCGGCGUAGGCCGUCAUUGUAAAUAAGAAUUUGUUCUUAACUGACUUGCCAAGUUAAAUAAAGGUUAAAUAAAAAUUUACUGAGCGCCAAGUAUUCAAAAGAAACAUAUAAAUGUAUUUCAACCAUCAACUUCUUCUAAAUUGCUUUGUUAGAUUAAUACUGCUGCAUCCAAUGUCUCAACCUUUGGCAUUAUGACGUCACACAAUGUUCUGUUCUGUCGUUCCUUUUCGUUCCUUCGCUCCAUGUUGGUUAGUGGCUUCAUCUUGUCAGGUGCCACUCUGUUGUUAAACCGGGUAGCAGUUCACUUACUGGCUACUCUGUGCCAUCCUCUUCUCAACUCAACCCUAUGUGUUGCCUUUGUUGUUUUUAGUGGAAAUAAACUGAACAAAAAUAUAUAAAACGCAACAUCCAGGCUGAAUCACAAUUGGCCCAGCGUUUUCCGGGUUUGGCCAGUGUAGGCCGUCAUUGUAUGUAAGAAUUUGUCCUUAACUGACUUGCCUAGUUAAAUAAAGGUUCAAUAAUAUAUAUAUAUAUAUAUAUAUAAUAAUAAUUAGAGUUGCGCUAAUUUCAUUUAUUUCAUGAGCUGAAAUAAAAGAUCCUAGAAAUUUUCUGUACGCACAAAAGGAUUAUAUCUCUCAAAUUUUGUGAACAAAUUUGUUUACAUCCCUGUUCGUGAGCAUUUCUCCUUUUGCCAAGCGAAUCCAUCCACCUGACAGAUGUGGCAUAUCAAAAAGCUGAUCAAACACCAUGAUCAUUACACAGGUACACCUUGUGCUGGGCACAAUAAACCACCACUCUAAAAUGUGCAGUUUUGUCGCACAACACAAUGCCACAGAUGUCUCAAAUUUUGAGGGAGUUUGCAAUUGGUAUGCUGACUGUAAGACUGUCCACCAGAGCGGUUUCCAGAUAAUUGAAUGUUAAUUUCUCUACCAUAAGCCGCCUCCAACGUCGUUGUAGAGAAUUUGGCCUCUCAACCCAAGACCACAUGUAUGACGUAGUGUGGGCAAUGAGUUUGCUGAUGUCAAUGUUGUGAACGGAGUGCCCCAUAGUGGCGGUGGGGUUAUGGUAUGGGCAGGCAUAAGCUACAGACAACGAAUACAUUUUCAUUUUUAUCAAUGAAAAUUUGAAUGCACAGAGAUACAGUGACGAGAUCCUGAAGCUCAUUGUCGUGCCAUUCAUCCGCCGCCAUCACGUCAUGUUUCAGCAUAAUGCACUGUCCAAUGUCGCAAGGAUCUGUACACAAUUCCUGGAAGCUGAAAAUGUCCCAGUUCUUCCAUGGCCUGCAUACUCACCAGACAUGUCACCCAUUGAUCAUGUUUGGGAUGCCCUGGAUCGACGUGUAUGACAUCGUGUUCCAGUUCCCGGCAAUAUCCAACAACUUUUCACAACAUUCGGUCAUCACACCAGGUUUUCUGAUCCAUGCCCCUACUUUUUUUUAUUGUAAAGACCCAACAGAUUCAAAUCCCUAUUCCCAGUCAUUGCGAAAUUCAUAGAUUAGGGCCUAAUGAUUUUAUUUCAAUUGACUGAUUUUCCUUAUAUGAACUGUCGCUCAGUAAAGUAGUAAAAAUUUGUUUGCGUUUUAUAUCUUUGUUCAGUGUACAUGUGUGUGCCAUACAUUUUCUUCUUGUUGGUGUUUUCAUAUAAAGUGCUUACGCAUCAGUGUGGUUGUUUGUGAAGGCUCCAGUUAGGCCUAUUGUAAAAUCAGAGCGCCACUGCAGCCAGCUGCCACAUGGCGUUCAGCCAGGUCAGUACAUUUCAUUCAUCAGCAUGGGUAUUCUCACUUUUUUAUUUUUAUUUUUUUCACACAAAAAUCACAACAAUCCUUUUUUUUGUUUUUUGAGAUUCUUUUUUUAAACAUUUGAUUUUUGUGGUUGUAUGUAUUUGUUGUUCUAUAGCCAGUCUGCUCUGAGAGUUAUUCCAACUACGCCAUGUUCCCAAACUUUGCAUGUGUGUUCUUAUGAUUGGAUUAGACCUUACAUUAAUUAGCCCCUGGUACUAGUCUGGAUCAAUGGCUAAACCUUGGAUUACCAUUUCGUUAUUUAUUACCCCCAAUAACUUUUAAAAAUACAUUUGAAAAGCAUUUCCCAAUUGUACAUGUGUGUAUCACAACUACUGAUAAGAUGAAAUGAUGAAACUCCUCAAGUCUAUAAACCAAGGGUGUCAAACUCAUUCCACUGAGGGCCUAGUGUCUUCUGGUUUUUCCUUUUAAACUAAGACCUAGACAACCCAGGUGAGGGGAGUUCAUUACUAAUUAGUGACCUUAAUUCAUCAAUCAAAUACGAGGGAGGAGGGGAAAACCCCGCAGACGCUCGGCCUGCCGUGGAAUGAGUUUGACACGUGCUCUAAACAAUGUCCUGGAAAGAUGUUAAUAACUGAAGUCCCUGUGCUGUGAGAAGGCAGUAUUAGGAAAUGACGUUUCUCUUUGCUUCCAAAGCUCUAAUUUCCUGGCCAGUGAAAUUGUUGAGUCUAGUUUAAAUCUAAAGUAUUUUUCCUUUUUCAGUGGUCCAUAUGUUAUAUCCACGUAUUCGUCACAGACCACCUACAAGUCUAGCAUUGAAGCAUUGUGACGACCCUUCAAGUCAGAGUUUUAGUAUGUAGCUCCUCUUCCUCAGUGUUUACACACUGUGUUUGCGUGUCAUGAAUUUGAGCCAUCAAAACUGUGUUCCGUAAGACCUCUGUUUGUACAGUAUUGUGUACAGAGAUAUUGCUUGCCACAGCACAAGGACAGCAAUUACUUCAUGUACCCACUUUAAGCCCAUACUAAAGCACUAUUGAGUGAUUGGUAUUAAAGCAGAAGUCUUCGUUUUCCCUUACCCUCUCAUUACAGUGUUAAUGAACAGGAGUCUAAAUCUCUGAUAACAGAGAACAUGCUAUGCAGUAGUUUCAGUGUUGAUCUCUUCGGGAAUAAUGUCCUAGCAAUGCUGCAAACUCAUGCCAAUAACCCAAAAUGAGUAAGUGGUUGUUUAAAAGCUGGUUUGUAUUGUUAAGAAUUAUGCAACAUCUGCUCUGAGAAUCCGUUUUUUUAUUUUUUUUUAUCUUGAGUGAGAUUCUUCCGCUCGAGUCCUGCUGAAUUUGACAUAAAACAAAACUUUUAUUCUGGAAGGUUUUUAGAGGAUGGACCUUCUAUCAUCGAUCUGAAUGUACACGGAGACCUAUAAAUAUAUCCACCAGCAAUCUCUGCUAAUGAAAUGUCUAACCUGAUGGUUAUUUACGGUGUGUAAGGCUGCGUUUUAUACAGGCAUCCCAAUUCUGAUCUUUUGCCCAAUUAUUGGCAAAAGAGCUGAUCUGAUUGGUCAAAAGACCAAUUUAGUGGAAAAUGAUCAGAAUUGGCUGCCUGUGUAAAUGCAGGCUUAGUGCUUAAGAAAAAUUGCAAGAAAAGGAACACAGAAUAUUCUGUGUGCGAUGUGUGCGUACUGAAAUUGACAUUUUGUUUCUGAAAGGAAUAAAAUUGUACAGCUAUA